AAUACUGUCCACACUUCGUCUCUAUACGAGUUUCAAAAUCUCUUCUCUAUCAUUUUCCAUGGGGCUUCUUCUUCCUCUUCUCGUACCUGGAGAUACGAUGUUUUCCCGAGUUUCAGCGGUGAAGAUGUACGCAAAUCAUUCCUCAGCCACCUUCUCGAGAAGCUCAAUCGCAAAUUGAUCAUUACAUUCAUAGACCAUGGCAUCGAGAGAAGCAGACCCAUCGCACAUGAGCUUUUAUCGGCGAUUAAUCGUUUUCUCAAAGAACUACGCUUCUUCGACCUGGUGUUUGAAUGAAUUGGUGGAGAUCCACAUGUGCUUUAAGGAACUGAAUCAAAUGGUGAUUCCGAUUUUUUACGAUGUGGAUCCUUCUGAUGUUAGAAAACAGACCGGAGAAUUCGGAGAAGGGUUUGAAAAAACUUGCAAAGGCAAAUCAGAUGAUCAUAAAGAAAGAUGGAUCCGAGCUUUAACAGAGGUAGCAAAUUUGGCCGGAGAGGAUUCUCGGAAUUGGAGUGAUGAAGCAAACAUGAUUGAAAAAAUCGCCAAGGAUGUGUUGAAUAAGCUCAUGACAUCAUCAAAUGAUUUUGGUGACUUUGUUGGGAUUACAGCUCAUUUAGAGAAAUUGAAUUCGGUUUUGAGUUUGGAAUCUGAGGAAGUGAGAAUGGUAGGAAUUGUGAGGGCUUCAGGGAUUGGUAAGAGUACCAUAGGAAGAGCUCUAUACAGUCAACUUUCUGGUAGAUUCCACCAUCAUGCUUUCGUCUCUUAUACGUGAUACGAUCAUGGACCCGGAGGACGACCCAGACAAGGGAAUCGAGGUUCCGGAAGCACAUUUGGCCGUACCGGAUGGACCUAUGACGCGAUCCAGAGCUAAGAAGCUGGCAGGGACGGUUCAGGCUGUUCUUAAUGGGAUCAAGAUCGGACCAGGCGACCCAGCAUCACCCAAGAUUGUGACCGUGCUCAUGAACGCCGUAACUAAUCCGGUCCGGGUGAUGGCUUAAUACUCUUUUUCCUUACACCCGGGUUUGUCCCAAUGGGUUUACCGGGUGGGGAUUUAAUGAGGUUAAGUCCAUUGCCCAUCUCUCGACCUAGGUUUGUUUGCGGUCUGGUUCAUGGAUCGGCAGCGCAAGAGUCAUUUCGGCUUGGCAAUUCAAGAGUCAGUCAAAGGCCAGCCGAAGAAUCAGUCAUUAGCUUAUUUAUUUCAGUUAAAGACUUUAUUAAAUUUUCUGUAAUUUUUGAGUUUGUCUCUUGGACUACUCCGCCUGCUAUAUAAAGGCUUGUACCCCUUCUCAUUUUCGCCAUUCACUUAUCAAAUAAAAUUGAGAU